UUUUGCCUUCUUUUGAUGGGAAUGAGUCAUUUUAAAGGCUCACCUAGGCCAAUUUGUCCAGUUUAUGUUUAGUUUUUAUUAUUAACUGAACUAGUUGGCUUAGCUAUCAGGCUAAACUCAGUCAAGUAGCAUUAAACUCACCUUUCAAUGCCUUCAAACUCCAGUCAUCCUAUUUAGAUUGUGUUUUUGUACAGAUAAGGCACAGUCAAUUUAGAAGUGUAUGCAAAUUUUGCUAAACCUAGCCAAGCAGGAUAAAUCUCACCUUUUAAUGCCUUGAAACUCACAAUUCAUUCAUUUCCAAUUGUGUUUAUGUACAGAUUAGACAGGAAAUUAAUUUAGAGGUACACAUAUUUUGGCUCGCUAGUUUUUACCUUUCAUUUUUAGUCUUUUUCAUCAGAUUGAGUCUUUUUAUGGUGUAUGCGGGUCGAUUUGUAAAGUUUAUGUGAGCUGGCUUUGAGCUUUCCCGUCUUUAUUAUUAACUGGGCUAGUGGGGUUAGCUAGCACGCUAAGAUAAGUUUCAUUAAAAAAAAAACAUCCGUCCCAAUUCAUUGAUAAGAUUUCUGGAGGAAAUACCUCAGUACAAACGUCCAUCCAUUUUUUUAAUCCAAUUAUCUACAUAAAUAAAUUACAACUAAUUAAAGGAUACAUUUAAUCCAAUCCAAAGAAAAAUGUCUCUAUGUAUAUUAUUGUUCGCUAUUUUUUUUUACAUAUUUAAUAUCUCUAGCGUGUUGGAGGAAAAUAUGCGAUGAGGAUAAAAUAAAUUGCGCGUAUUUUCCACUAGGGGGCGCCCGCCGUCUGUCUGAUUCACCCAAACGGGGCGGAUGGUUUUGUUUUUAUGCAACUUAUUCCAAAUAUUAAACAUGAAAUAAAACGCAUUAAUAUUUGACAUUGAUGUAGUUCAGCGUUUAGGAUGACGUUAGGAGGGCAUGUUGGAACACUUUCAAAGAUAUGUCUUGUCUUGUAACUUUUCACACAUAAAUGUCCCAAACAUUUACUUGUAACGGAGUAAUUCUUGUCUUUUACGUGCAACUUGAACGAAAUUGUAGGUUUUUAUUUUUCGUGCGAGUGGCUGCACAAGCUCGAUGCAGCGGCGGCUUUAAAGGCUGCAACCCCGCCCAUGCGCACUAUCACAAGAACGUGGAUGUGCACACGCGCACACACGCAGACACACAAAGACGCACACACACACACACACACACACACACACAAAGACGCACACACAAAAGUUUGGGCUUCUCGCCGUGAUUUGCUCCGCGCACUUUGUUCCACUUCACGCUGAGUGGAUUUCUUCCUCGAGGACUGGUGGGAUUCGGUGGUGGUUGUUUUGUUUUUAAAAUUCCACCCUUAAGAGUGGAUCUUUGACGAAGGGAGUGGGGGAGACGGACUGUCUGCGUGAAGCUUUUUGUUGUUGUCAAUUGUGAGGCACCCCAGCCCCUUAAAAAAAAACCAAAAAAAAUAGGCCCCCACAUGGACGCGCACCGCGGCGGCGCCAGCGCGCCCCCGGCCGGCCAGCAAGUGGUGCACGUCCGCGGUGACUCCCAGAGCGAACUGGAGGCCCUAUUCAGCGCCGUCAUGAACCCGACCAAGGCCGCCCAGCAGCCCGCCUCGCUGCCCAUGAGGAUGCGGAAGUUGCCCGACUCCUUCUUCAAACCGCCGGACCCCCGCACGCACUCCAGACAGGCCAGUUCGGACGGCGGCGUGUGCGCGUCCCUCACGCCUCACCACGUGCGCGCCCAUUCCUCGCCGGCCUCGCUGCCCGUCAACAUGCCGGACGCGGCGGCCGCCCCGCCCGUCAUAUCUGACGACGUGCCGCUCCCGCACGGAUGGGAGAUGGCCAAGACGCCCACUGGACAACGAUACUUCCUCAACCACCUGGACAAGACCACCACUUGGCACGACCCCCGCCUGGCGCAGCUCCAGGCGGCCGCCCUGCCGCACCCCGGCCCGUCCCCCGUCCACACCCACUCCCUCAGCAACCCGGCCACGGCCACCAAGCCGCCCGGCUGCAAUCCAGACGCAGGUCUGCUGAGCUUGGCCAUACAGCAGCGGAAGGAGAAAGAGAGACUGCGAUGCAAGCAGCACAUGCAGCUCAAGACACAGGAAACAACCAGAGGAGGGAGAAACCAGAUAUCGGCUGCAUUGGAUCAUGAUAGGAACACACUUGCCCAGUCUGUGGAAGUCAGGAUCCGAGCUCCCACCCUUGAAUCAACGCUCAACGGCGGAGCUCACUCCCGCAACGAGAGUACCGAUAGCGGCCUGAGCGUCAGCAGCCUGCCACGCUCGUCUGACCUGACGCUCGCCUCUGUGGACCACAUGGACACUGGGGAGUGCGGCGAGUCGUCGACUUUACAGGACUCGAUGCCUGCGAUGAGCGAGGGCGAGGAGUUGAUGCCCUGCAUCCCGGAGGGUCUGAGUUCCGACCUCCUGAUGGACAUGGAGACGGUCCUGUCCGGCUCGCACAUGGACAGGGACAGCCUGCUCACCUGGCUAUAGAGAUGCCAUUUUGUGUCAGCCUUAAGAACACUUGGUGUGGAUUGUUGACACUAACAUGAGAGGGACUUCAUCUGCCCACACGUGAUGGAUGUUCAAAGCUACCCUCCUUCGCCCCCUUCAAAUAACCUCACCUCAAGUGAUGAAAUGCUGGAAUUCUUCCUUUUGGGCGGCUUCUGACAGAAUCCACAUGGUAAAGACACUUAUCUAAGGACACACUAGGCUAUUUGAACCGGGUUUGAGCCCACUUCAAAGUCAGUUCUUCAUGAUUAAGCCACCUUGCACAUUAGAAAUCAACAGAACAACAACAAAUAAUUCACAAGGUCAAAAUAGUCCACAGCACUCUCAACCAUGCACGGACACGUGUGCUAUGCGUGUCAUAAUUAAUGCAAUGGUCAUCUUGUACAACAGAAAUAAACAUGAUGACUCAAAAUAAUCACUCUAGUUAAAAAAAAAAAAGAAAAAGAAAAACAAGUCCAUAGCGCACAAGCACAUAGAGGUCUUAUAACAAAUGUGAUGGCUUCUAUGGCCAGUUAUUGAUAACCACCACUAUGCACAAUAUAAACCAACAAAAUGACUUGAUAGAAUCCACAAAAUAAAAAAAUCCAGUGAACUCCUUGGUUAUGCACGGGCACGUGCGCAACGUCAAUUUACAAUCAUAUAAUUAAUGCGAUCAACACCUUGACGAAUACAAAUAAACAAAGCAACUCAAAAUAAUCCAUUGAGUAAAGAAAGUCCACAGCACAUGCAUGCAUGUGCAAAGUAUUUGCCAUAUAGCUAAUGUAAUGCCUCCUCUUUCUUGCCAGUUGUACAUGAUAACCGCCACUUUGCACAACAGAAAUAAACAGAACACCUAAAAUAUUCCAGAAAGUACAAAAGAAAAUAAAAAAUCUACAGCACACAGGUGCUCCAAAUUCAUGUCAUGUGAUUUAUAUAUGAUGGCUCCUCUCACCAAUCAUGACAAUCGCCACUGUGCACAAAAGAAAUAAACAUAACUAGAAAUAAUCCACAAAGUACAAAACAAAACCUCCACGGCACAUGUGUAAUGUAUUUGUCAUAUAGUUCAUGCAAUGGCUCAACCGCAUUGAACUACAAAUAAUCCACAAAAUCAAAAAAGUCCAUGCCAUGCACAGGCAAGAAUUAUUACUAACUGCCGCCGUGUAAAAUAGAAAUGAACAGAACAUCUAGAAAUAAUCCACAUAAUAAAUGCUCAGUCAGUGUUAUGUAAUGCAAUGGCUCCUCUCGCCAGUUAUUCAUAAUAACAACCACAUUGCACAGUAGAAAUAAAACUAAAAGUACGCUACAAAGUCAACAGAGUUCAUGCCAUGCAUUUCAAUCAUAACUGCCACUUUGCACAAUACAAAUGAAAAGAAAUCUUAAAAAUAAUCCAUAGCCAAAAAAUAUCUCCAAAUGAAGGGAAGGUGUUAAAGCUUUAAUCAAGUGAAGUAAUUAUACGCAUUUGACGUAAAAUUUGUUGUUUAUUGUGGUUUCUCGUACCAAUAGCCAUUCCUAAUAUUUUGCUCGUCCGAUUGAGCAACUCCAGCGGGUCGAAAUAUUAGGUACGGCAGUGGAAAUAAAUUCACUGAGUGAAGUACUGACAGCUGUUCCUAAUAUUGUGGUUUAGGCUUUUAGUGUGAGGUGGUCAUUUUAAAGCUGUUCUUACUGUUAAAGGUGCAGUUCAGCUUUUUAUCUUGGCAAUAAAAAAUAAAUGAAGACUUUUAAAGGCCGCUUAAAGGAGCAACGUACUAAUUGUAGAUGCUGCGGGGUGUUUAUGAUUUUAUGUGUAUCGCUCAUACCCCCUCAGUGCAACACACUAGCUUAUUUAUCUGAGGAUGAUGCAUGACACUCCCUGUAUGGUAUAUAAAUAUAUAUGUAACAAUGCAUUGUAUGAUUACCAUCUAUUUAGAGUUUUGUACCUUUUUUUUAAAUGCAUGUGCUUUAUAUCAUUUAUUCUCACUAAUCUUUUGAAAUGCAUAAUAAACAUUUAAUAAAUACAAA